UUACACCUCAUUAACAACCCGCCAAUUUUCUCUUCCUUUUUUUCUCAGGAGACAAACACCAAUUCAAAAGAAUCAAUCAAAAAACUGAACGUUUCUGUCAAUAUAUCAACAAUGGCUCCUGCGACGCUAACAGAUCUGGCAGGUGAGAGUACACUGCAGGCGAGCUUUGUCCGCGACGAGGACGAGCGGCCCAAGGUGGCCUACGAUGAAUUUAGCGACGAAAUCCCCGUGAUUUCUCUUGCUGGCAUUGAUGAUGAUGGCACGAGGAGGGCGGAGAUAUGCGAAAAGAUCGUAGCGGCAUGCGAGGACUGGGGAAUCUUCCAGGUUGUUGAUCAUGGCGUCGAUGCUAAGCUCAUCUCCGAAAUGACUCGUCUUGCCUCUGAGUUCUUCGCUUUGCCUGCAGAGGAGAAGCUCCGGUUUGACAUGUCCGGCGGAAAGAAGGGUGGCUUCAUUGUCUCCAGUAAAUUGCAGGGUGAAGCAGUGCAAGAUUGGCGCGAAAUUGUGACAUACUUCUCGUACCCAAUAAAGAACAGAGACUACUCGAGGUGGCCGGACAAGCCAGAGGGUUGGAUUAAAGUGACGAAGGAGUACAGCGAAAAACUGAUGGGAUUAGCAUGCAAACUGCUGGAGGUUUUAUCAGAGGCGAUGGGUUUGGAUAAGGAGGCGUUGACCAAGGCCUGCAUUGACAUGGACCAGAAAGUCGUUGUGAAUUUCUACCCGAAAUGCCCACAACCCGACCUAACUCUCGGACUCAAACGCCACACGGACCCGGGAACCAUCACGUUGUUGCUGCAGGAUCAGGUCGGUGGCCUCCAGGCCACCAGAGAUAAGGGCGAGACAUGGAUCACCGUUAAACCUGUUGAAGGUGCCUUUGUUGUCAAUCUCGGUGAUCACGGUCACUUUUUAAGCAAUGGGAGGUUCAAGAAUGCGGACCAUCAAGCAGUUGUGAACUCAAACAAGAGCAGACUGUCAAUAGCGACAUUCCAAAAUCCAGCACCGGAGGCCACCGUCUACCCUUUGAAGAUCCGGAAAGGGGAGAAGGCGGUGAUGGAGGAGGCGAUAACAUUUGCAGAGAUGUACAGGAGGAAAAUGAGCAAGGACCUUGAGCUAGCAAGGCUGAAGAAGCAAGCGAAAGAGAAGCAAUUGCAGGAGACAGAGAAAACUAAAUUGGAGGCCAAACCUUUGGAGGAAAUCCUUGCUUAAUUUUAAAAAUUAAAAAAAAAAAAAAGAAAAAGAUAAGUGUUAUAUAUCGUAUUACUAAGUUGAAUUUAAUGCUGUGUAUUUCCAUGUCAUGUGAUGCUGCUUUCCAUGGAGGGAGUGGGACUCUUAAAUGUUCUGCUAUUUAUUGCUGGUAGUUGAGGAAGGUUAAAUAAUGAAGGCUUUCGUUUGGCUUGCAUUA